GGCAACCCCACCUUAAGCCUCCUGUGAAGCCCACAGCCUGUGAAGCUUACGUUUUACUAGGAGUCCUCUGCUUGCGCGGCUUACUCCCUGACCGGUCUCCACCCUGGGUAACAACAUCACCUCUCUGAACCCGUAAGGGUCAGUUUAAUCAAGUUUCGGCAGAACACGCCUGGAAUCAGUUACAGUGACAAGGUAGUAAAUAAAUUAAAGAUGCCGGGGGUAAAAAAGAAAACCGCAGGCCAGAGGCCAACGGAGGAAACCAAAGAGGUGGAUGACGCCGACACUGAGGAUUACCAACAGGAGCCCAAGGGGAGAAGUAAGCAGGUCACCGAAGCAGAGGAUGCUGGGAGUUCCAAGAAGGUGAGGAGGAAGAAAAAGAAAAAGUCGGUGAGAGAGAGCGAUGGCGAGGAGGGCAGCAGUUCGGCUGCGUCAGGGAUCGCCGAUGUGAGGAGCAGCUCGCGGAACAAAAAAGGAAACCGCAAGAAGAAGGAGAAAAGUAGUGAUGAGGGUUCAAGCAGUGUGGAUGAGGACAGCAGCCACAUCGAUGGAGCCAAAGACAAGAGGAGGGCAGGGAAGCUCCCCGAUGUGAUCCCCACGGCAAAGAGAGCGACCAAAAAGAAGCCAUCGGUCAGGGACGACGACAUGGGCUCUAAGGACAAGAAGUCCAAGAAGGACUCGGAGAAGGAGGAAGAGGCGCCCGAGGAGGAGAGCAAGAAGAAGAAGAAGGACAAGAAGACCAAGAAGGAUAAGGACAGUGAUGGCGAGGACACGAAGAAGGGCAAAGGCAAGAAGAAGAAGGUGGAGAAUUACGUGGAGAUCUAUGAGAACGAGGUGCGGAACUACGAGCCCGACAGUGUGGAGAACUACGAGGAUGAGUACCACAAAAAGAAAGUGUAUGAGGUGGUGACCAUAACUGGGGACGAGAAAGGAGCCGGCACUGACGCCAACAUCUUUGUCAGCUUGUUCGGUAGCUAUGGCAUCACGCCCAAGGUGCACCUGGCCAGCAAGAGCCGGACUGCAUUUGAGAGGGGCAAGACGGAUGUUUUUAGAAUCCGAACCCACAAUGUUGGACCUCUGAAAAAGAUAAGGAUCGAGCAUGACAACACCGGUCUGAGUGCCAGCUGGUACCUGGACAGAGUGGUGAUCACAGACGUGAUUAGACCCCACCUCAGGUACUACUUCCCCUGCAACAACUGGCUCAGUAAGGAGGAGGGCGACAGCCUUUACGUCAGAGACCUGCUGGGCAGCAGCGACCCCAUGGAGAUGCCCAAAUAUAAUAAGUAUAUAGUGUCUGUAUUCACGACGGAUCUGAAGGGCAGUGGGACAGAUGCUGAUGUCUUCCUCAACAUCUUUGGGGAGUUUGGGGAUACAGGGGAAAGGCGGCUGGACAAUGACAAAGAUAACUUUGAGAAGGGCUCAGAGGACAAGUUCACACUAGAUGCGCCGAAUCUAGGCAAAGUGAGGAAGAUAACCAUUGGCCACAACAACAAAGGCUCAUCGGCUGGAUGGGCUCUAGAUAAGGUGGUUUUGGAUGACCUUGGGAACAAAAUGGUGUACGAAUUCCCAGUGAACCGUUGGUUUGCCAUGGACGAGGAUGACGGCAAAAUACAGAGAGACAUUCUUAUCGGGGGGAGCCAGCCCACUGGCAUUGUGUACAACGUCCAGGUCGUGACGGGCAACAUCCGGGGUGCCGGAACCAACUCCAAGAUUAACAUUGUGAUGCACGGCACCAAAGGCGCCAAAAACAGCGGCAAGGUGUUCUUGGAGGGGGGUAAGUUUGAGCGUGCCCUGACGGACAUCUUCACCGUAGAGGUGGCUGCUCUGCUCAGCCCCCUCAGCCGGGUCACCAUUGGACACGACAACGGAGGAGUCAGCUCUGGGUGGUACUGCGAGAAGGUGGUGGUCUUCUGUCCCUUCACUGGGAUAGAGCAGACGUUCCCUUGCAGCAAGUGGCUGGACGAGAAGGAGGGGGACGGCCUCAUAGAGAGGGAGCUGUACGAAAUGGUCUCGCUGAGGCAGAAGAGACAGAAGAAACACCCGUGGUCUUUGUGGAUCUGGACUUCGGAUAUACCAAACUCGGGCACGGACGCAGACAUCUCCUUCCAGAUCUACGGGACACAGGGCAAGUCGGACGAAAUAAGGCUGGACAACCAAUCCGACAACUUCGAGCAGGGCCAACUGGACAAGUUCAUGGUGGAACUCCCUGACCUCGGGAGGAUCACCAAGUUUCGCAUCUGGCAUGAGAAGAGAAAUCCAUUUGCCGGGUGGCAUCUCAGUAAGGCAACGAUCAUGAAGACGUUAACAAAGGAGAAGUACUCAUUUCCUUGCGAGCGAUGGCUGGACACCAACGAGGACGACCAGGAGGUGGUCCGGGAGUUACCCGCCACCGGGGAAACCAUCGCUGAACCCCUGCCCCUGAUCAAGUACAGAGUGACGGUGUGCACGGGCACGGUGGGCGGCAGCGGCACAGACGCCUCGGUGUUCCUCAACCUGAUCGGGGACCAGGGCGACAGCGGCGAUCGGCAGCUGGUCGUCUGCAAAAACAACGCCAACAAGUUCGAGAAGGGCAGCAUGGAUGAGUUCAUCGUCGAGGCGGUGUCCCUGGGGCAGGUGCAGCGCGUGAGGAUAGGGCACGACGGCCGGGGCGGGGGCUGUGGCUGGUUCCUGGAUAAGGUCCUGGUCCGGGAGGAGGGCCAGGCUGAGUCUCAGGCUGAGGUGUUCCUAUGUAACAGGUGGCUUGAUCGUAAUGAGGAUGAUGGACAGAUCGUUAGAGAGCUAGUGCCCUUCGCUGAUGGCCCACGUCUUUACAACGUGGGCUACCACAUUGCGGUGAAGACCGGCAGCAUCCCCGGGAGCAGCUCUGACUCCAAGGUGUUCGUGAAGCUCUACGGGGAGAAGGGCGACACCAGCAGGAUGAUGCUGGAGGUCUCAGACAACAACCUGGGGAACUACUUUGAGACGGCCCGCAUUGACAUCUUCACCGUGGAGACCUUCGACAUCGGACAGAUCAACCGUCUUAUGAUCGGCCACACCAACGAGGGCAUGCGCGCAGGCUGGUUCCUGGACAGUGUUCAGAUCAUGGUUCCCAACCACGGCAAACACUACAUGUUCCCCAGCCACCGCUGGCUGUGCAGGGAUGAGGCGGACGGCAAGACAGAGGUGGAGAUCUAUCCAAGCGAAAUCCUGGACAGCGAACAAUUAAUUAACUAUGAGGUAACAGUAGUCACUGGAGAUGUGUCGUUUGCUGGCACCAACGCCAUAGUGGUCAUCCAGAUCUACGGGGAACAGGGAAAGACAGAGAUCAUUACCCUGGAAAGCAGAUCCAACAACUAUGAACGCAACGCCACCGAAAUAUUUAGGACAGAGGCCAAAGACGUGGGGAAGAUCUUCAAGAUCCGUAUCAGCCACGACGGCCAGGGCAUGGGGUCGGGCUGGUUCCUGGAGACUGUGGACGUCAAGCGGCUCAUCAUGGCCAUGGUGUCCGUCCCCAAGAAAAAGGAGGACAAGAAAGAGAAGAAGAAAAAGAAGAAGAAGAAGGACGAGGAGGAGGAGGAGGAGAUGGAGGAGAGGCUGCAGCCGGUGGUGCAGUCCUGCCACUUCCCCUGCUCCCGGUGGCUGGCCGCGGGGGAGGAGGACGGGGAGCUGGUGGUGGAGCUUCUGCCUGAGGAUGCGGAUGAGCUGGAAGAAAACACGUACGAAGUGAGCGUGUUCACAGGGGACACGCUCGGAGCGGGAACCGACGCCAAGGUCUACAUCAAUAUUUACGGCGAGAACGGAGACACCGGAGAGCGCUAUCUGAAAAAGUCGAACAUCCUCAACAAGUUUGAGAGAGCGAAGGAAGACAUGUUCACCGUGACAGCUGUGGACCUGGGGACUCUGAAAAAGCUCCGCAUUCGCCAUGACAACAAAAGCUCCUAUUCUUCAUGGUACCUGGACCGUGUAGAGAUCAUGGACACCAAGGAGGACAUAACGUACUACUUCCCCUGUAACCGCUGGCUGGCCGUGGACGAGGACGACGGGCAGAUUGCCAGGGAGCUGGUGCCCGUGGACGAGGCCUUCAUGAAGAGGAACGACGAUGACGACGAGGACUCAGGCACCGCCCUGGGGCUAGAGCAGAAAUCAAUGUCCACAACAUACACUAUUAAGGUGAAAACUGGGGAUAAGAAAUAUGCAGGAACCGAUGCCAAUGUCUUCGCAAUCCUAUUUGGAGAAAAUGACGACACAGGGAUAAUCAAUCUUAAAGCGUGUAAACAUUAUAAGAAUAAAUUUGAGCAAGGGAUGAUCAACGAGUUCACCGUGGAAGCAGUGGACCUCGGAGAUCUGGAGAAGCUCCGCAUGGGCCAUGACAAUUCUGGUGGUUCAACCGGUUGGUUUUUGGACUGGGUGGAGAUAGACGCCCCCUCACAGGGUCAAAGACUCAGAUUCCCAUGUGGCCGUUGGCUGGAUAAAGGAGAGGAUGAUGGGGCCAUCGUGAGGGAUCUGUUCCCUGCUGAAUUACAAACAGAACUGUACACGCCAUUUGUGCCUUAUGAGAUAAAGAUUUUCACCAGCGACGUGUUUUGCGCGGGGACGGACGCUGACGUGUUCAUUGUCCUGUACGGUGGCAAGGGCGUCUGCACACAGCAGAAACACCUCUGUGUCAACAAGAGGGAGAGACGGCUGUACUUUGAGAGAGCAGCAGAAGACAUGUUCAUUGUGGAGCUGGAGGAUAUUGGAGAUGUAAUAGAGAAGAUCAGGAUCGGUCAUGAUAACCAGGGCACCAACCCAGGAUGGCACCUUGACAGAGCGGAAAUCAGGCGGCAGCUCAGGAAAGGAAAGGGGUCUGAAACAACCAUCUUCCCGUGUGAAUGCUGGCUAGCCAAGUCUGAGGAGGACGGCGAGACAAUCAGGGAGCUGGUCCCAUCUGACAUCAUCACGGAGAAACUCCUGAGGGACGGAACGCUGAAAAGCACAGAGAUCGAGGUGGAAGACGCCCUGGAGACUCACGAAUACAAGGUUUCCGUGCGUACUGGGGAUAUGUACGGCGCAGGAACUGAUGCCAACGUCUUCCUCACCAUCUACGGAGACCUGGGAGACACCGGAGAACGCAAACUCAGCAAGUCAGAAGGCAACAGCAACAAAUUUGAACGAGGAGAAGUAGACAGGUUCACCAUCGAGGCAGUCGACCUGGGCCAGGUGUUUAAGAUCCGCAUUCGCCAUGACAACUCCAACAUGGGGGCGGACUGGAACCUGGACCAGGUGGAGGUGACGGACACGGAGACGGAGGAGGUGUACAUGUUCCUGUGUGAGCGCUGGCUGUCCAUGAAGAAGGAGGACAAACGCAUCGACCGCACCUUCUUUGUCAAGGGAUACGAGGGGGACAGAAACACUGACCCAAACUCCCAGAAGACGGCCGCGGCAAAACCGGGGCUGGACAGAAAUGCCAACAAGAAGAAAAAGAAGAAGAAGCAGGCGGUUGUGGAGGAGGGACCAAUCAUUCCAUAUCACUUCACCCUGUCCACGGGGAUGGACCGUGAUGCCGGCACCACGGCCCGAGCCUACGUCAUCAUUCUGGGACCGGGUGAGGUGGAGACGGACCGGCUGUGGCUGGACCUGCCCAAGGAGAAGACAUGCUUUGCGCCUGGCACCAUGGAGAACUUUGUAUGCUAUGGGGCUGACGUCGGCGACCUGAAGAGGGUUGAGCUGGGACACAACGGGGCCACUCCAGAGAGCUGCUGGCUGGUGGACGAGUUGGCGGUAGCCGUGCCAACCAAAGGUAUCAAGUACAUCUUCCCAUGUAAGUGCUGGCUGGCUAAAGACAGGGGGGACGGUCUCACCACCAGGCUGUUCAACGUGCUGGACUCCAGCACCAUCAACAUCAUUCGCAAGGUGGUUUAUGUAACAACGCUGGUCACAGGGGACACUCAGUAUGCGGGUACUGAUACCAACAUCUUCCUCACUGUGUUCGGAGCCAACGGGAGCACAGAGGAGAUGCUGCUGCCUAAAGCCGGGGAUAGGUUCGAAAGAGGCCAAGAAGACACGUUCAACGUUGAGAUCGACGACAUUGCACCUCUGAAGAAGAUCCGGCUUCGAGUGGACGGCACUGGAAGUCGUCCGGACUGGUUUCUCGACAAUGUCCAGAUGCGGAACCCCAUCACGGAGGACCUGUACACGUUCACCUACGAGAACUGGCUGUCCAAGACCAAUGGGCCCAAGAGAACCCAGGUGUGCGAGCUGGCGGCCGUGGUGGACGAGGAGGAGAUGGUGGAGAGAACGACCUACACCAUCACAGUGGCGACCAGCGACGUCGGAGGUGCCGGCACGGAUGCCAACGUGUUCCUGAUCGUCUUCGGCGAGUAUGGAGACACAGGCCUGCUGGCCCUGAAGGAGAGCGGAGCCAGGAACAAGUUUGAACGCAAAAUGAAAGACGUGUUCCGCUUCCCUGACAUGCUCAGUCUCGGGGAGCUGUCCAAGAUCCGCGUUUGGCAUGACAACAAAGGUCCCGGUUCCGGCUGGCAUCUAGAAUACGUUGACGUGAAGGACGAUACCAUGGAGGAGACCUUCCGCUUCCCCUGCGACCGCUGGCUGGCCAAAGGCAGGGACGACGGGCAGAUCAUGAGGGAGCUGGCCUGUGCCAACAACGACAUGGUGGACCUCAACGAGAAAACCAAAUAUGAAAUUGCCACGACAACUGCAAACACGGAUCACGCCGACACCACGGAGAAUGCCUUUAUUGUGUUGGAAGGGAAAAAAGCGCGUUCCAAAGAGUUUGUCAUGGAGAACAAAAAGAAGAAGUUCUUGUGCGGUGCCACCGACACGUUUGAGUUUUCCUCCAAGCACUUGGGGGAGAUCGCUGGCAUUUCGAUCGGCCAUAUCACCAAGGAGGGCAAGAAGGUGAAGGGCGAAGCCUUCUGGCACGUCAUGGAGGUGGUGGUGACCGAGAAGGAGCUGGGCAACAAGUACUUCUUCCACUGCGAUGCCCGGAUUCCCCUAGCAGCUAAGAAGGACCAGUUCCAGACGUUUGAGUCCUACAAGUCCAUAGAGAGCUUUGCCAGCAAGGUGCGCAACCUGGUGCCCGUCAGGUACGAGAUCAUCGUCAUGACCGGAGACGUGAAGGAGGCCGGCACCGAUGCCAACGUCUUCAUCACCAUAUACGGCGUCAACGGCGACUCGGGCCAGCGGCAACUCCGGCAGAAGUUCAGGAACCUCUUUGAGCGCGGCCACACGGACCGCUUUGUCCUGGAGAUGCUAGACAUGGGCGAGCUGCUCCGGGUCACCGUGGAGCACAACAACUCUGGGUCCGCGGCCGGAUGGUUCCUGGAGUGUGUCGAGGUGACCAACACCGCCAACUCAGUGACCACCAUCUUCCAGUGUGGGAAGUGGCUGGACGUGACGAAGGCGGAUGGGCAGAUCCAGAGAGUGCUCUAUCCCAAGUACUAGAGGGUUCCCUGCCCUUUGUCGAGAGUAUGUUAGUAUGUCGUAUGUAUGGCAUUUAGCAACGUGCCGUUAAAUCUACGAACCACCGAUGACUCAAAGACGGCCGCCUGCCUUGCCAUGUUGGUAGUGUUGGUUUUGGUCGACUGGACUGGAAAACACCUUUCUCUCCAAUUCACACACGGCUGCUGUUUCUGUGGCAAACAUCUCAAUGGUUAACCGCUCAGACGUUACGAGACAUAAGUUUGAGUCUAGUGACCAAAAUGGUCGAGGGAGACCACAUUGCCACGUGAUCAGAUGCACAAUCGUAGGUUCAAAUACACUGUUUACCUGCUUCUUUUCACCAAACGCCACAGUACACAUGUACCUAUGAAAAGAAGUAAUGAGUAAAUGUUGGAUUUUAUACUGUUGUUUCAACAAUGGUUGUUUUUAAUAAUAAAAUAAGAUGAUGAUGCUCAA